UAACAGGUAGUUAAAACGAAUCGAAUAAUGAAAGUGGUGAAAGCGGAGCGUAAUAACCUUGCUCAUUAAUAUUUAGUCGCGCACAGCUUCUGAAUGGCUCUCCGUAAUUAACUUGAUCACGUAACUUUGUUUACACAAAGCGUAGCACGUACUGCUUUCAUAAAAAAACUGUUAUUUGCCGGGAAAAAUGGUAUUCCGAUCGCUGAAUCGGUAUUUUCCGAUCACAUAUGGUAGCACGGGGUAAUGCGUUCCGGUCCGCUCUGCGAAAUGAAAGCUUUUCCGAUCUUGUUCCAAUUAUUCUGCUGUACCAAUUUAAAAUAAAGACAAAUUUAAAAUAUUACAGGUUAAUUGACGUCAUCUGCACAAAGUCAUGAACGUUUUGCGGAUUGAUACUCGUACGCGUUUCUUUCAGGAUGAAUAUUUUACUAAUAAAUAAUAUAAAUACGCUAUUUCGUUUAUUGUUUAGUACGGUCCACGAUUUUCUGUAAACAGCCGAGUUAUAAUUUAAGUAAGAAUAUAAUUACUGUUCGGAGACAAAGUUAUCCAACAUUCGGUAGAUAUUUCAUUAUUUCACGAAUAUCCUGGAGUAAAAGAAAAGUUUCUUUUGUCUUGUAAUAAAGAACUUCCAUUAGUUUGUAAUCAAGUUAGUCCUUUGUUUUCAGCCAAAAAAUACAAUUAUGACGGAGUAAGUUAAGAAAAUCGCUGGCUCGCUAACUACUUAUAAUGAAACUCUUGAACAAAGGUUUAUUAUAGCUAUCUCGCGCUUGGAGCGGUAAGUCUCUUGGCAGCCAGUUGGACUUUUUGUUUCACGCCUUCUGUAUUUGUUCCAUUCUAGAGGUGGCUCGAGCUCCUUGCUAACGAGUCCAUAGCUCUCUAGUGAAAUCUUUGUGCAUUUAGUUAACUAGUUAAAUAAUCCAUAUGAAUUGCCUGAUUGCAGAGAUGAGGCAAAUGAAUUAGCUGGGCUUAGUGCAUGUAAACUUAUUUACUUGUUUUGACUUGGUCAUACUUAAAUUAUUUGACAUAAAUACACUCACGAGCAAUGACAAAGUUUCACAUAGAAAAUGUCAAUGUGAAAAAAAUUGGGUCAUUUGUCACACAAUAAAAAAAAAAGUUUAGAAUUCGUAUCCAAUUUAAGUAUAAUGUAUUUCUAUAGUGUGUAGGGACCGCCUAAGUACUAAGUGCCCGCUGCUACUUUGUUUCUGUUUUCUGUUUACAUAAUAACAGACGUCAACACAAACAUAAUCAUGUAACCUCUAGAGCGUAAACAAGGUGCUGCUGAAACGUUUUCCAAUAAUGGAGACAUUAAAGGCUCUCUAUUAGAACAAUGAAAGUACGAGAUGAUAAAAUUAAAAAUAUUGAUUACCUAAGUUUACAUUUAUGGCUGAAAAUGUAUACAGUAAAUGGUAGGCCAAAUAUCUGUCUUGUCUUGGCCAGAGAUAUAGACCUCCUCUGUACCGACCAUGAAUUUGAUGUAUCUGUACAUUAAGUCGCCAUGGCUUGGAUUUAUUUAAAUUGAUCUGCCUCAGACCCAUAUGUUAUUAAAUGGUUGCUUCGGUUUAAUGCUGCUUCGUGGCCUAGUAAUGAAUACGAACAUUUGCCUAUCUGGUGAACCGUCCUGAGAUAAUACUUCUAACGGACAAAAGACUGAUAGGUAUAAUACACCUAUCUGUCUAUUGUUCGUUAGUAAAGCUACUCGCGGCGAGUUGGAUGACAGUCCAUCUCAACAUUAUGAGACACGAUAAAAAGAAGGGCCAUAAUCUGAGCAAUAAAUAAGGCAUACAAUAGGGAAGGCCAGACAAAGUGGUCGAAUAAAAGUCAACCCUUUGGAGCGGGCGCCCGGAAUAAGGACAAAAGCUUUGAACAGGUUAAAAGGAGGAAGGAACCUUCUUGUCCCGUAUUCAGAUUGUGCCUAGUUGAUUUACAUUGUUUGGCCUAUUUUACUCUUUCUCCGAGGUCACUCAAUUUAAAAGCAUAAUUCAUUAAGCAAACAUGUAAUUAAGCUUUACAUAUUUGACUGGUAACAAGUCUAGAAACUCUUUGCAACUAUGAAGAAAAUAAAAAAUAUGAAGUUUUACUGGCUUGGUCCAAGGAGGCCAGCGCCAAAAAGGGCAAAAUUCACGUGCAAACUUCUUUCUCAAGUAAUAAGUUAAGCGACAGGAGGCUAUAAAUUGCUUUUAGGAAUAGCUUUAUAUUUUCACAGCCAGCAUUAAUACAAAUUUCUCGAGAUUAUUGAAACUUACCUGGGGCGGUUGUCCCGGCUGCAACUUUUAUAACGAAAAAUGUAACGGACUGGGAAUAAGUCCGUGAGAAAUGCAAAAAACUCGAAGAGAUUUCUUAUGUUACUCGCCGCGUGAUUCAAUGCCCCAAUUCAUUCUUAAGAAACGUUUGGGAAAACUGAAAGCUUUAUUCUAGAGUAGUAAAAUUCGGACUUUGAAAGAAAUUUUAUUUGAUCGGAGUUUAAGUAUUUCUUCGUCAUCCGUCGGUCCGAGGGCGUCCCACGCUAUCCAUGCCUGUUCAUGAUCUCCAUUGGAGAACUCAUUAACCGUCCAACAUUGAUCAUCCGUUGUUUGGCUUAUAUGACCAGCCCACUGCCACCACAGGUAACUUAUAAGUUUUCUACCUUUCUAUGACCUUUCAAUGUAUUAUACUUAACCUUUUCAUCCCACUUAGUUAAUGGGUAUCUUAGAAUACGUUCACAUUUUGUAAACUAUUUACAACAAUACAUUUACAUGUAUGAAAAUGUUUACUGUACGUGUUACAGUACACGGCUGGUGACAGUAGCUAAAUGGCAACAACCGUAAAACACAAUGCGGAAGAACCCAGUUCCUGUUAUAACCAUAGUUUCAACUGAAUUAAUUAGCUUUUAACCCGAACCAAUUCCAUUUAUCAGGUUAAUGCAUGAUCGCAUGCUAAAUAGUCAGUUGCUGAAAGGGCCUAUUACAAAAUUCUAUUGUCUUCAAACUAAAAGACGAAGUUAAAAUCAGUGAGAACUUACUAAUCAAGUGUCAGCCCUCGCCAAGAUAUGUUGUGAUAUGUGAAAGUUGUAAUGUUUAAUAGUUAAAUAAGUAUAUAAAAUAACAAAAGUAUUUUGUAGUUAAAUCAAAUUUGAUAUCUAAACAUUUUUAGGUAUUGACUAAUUUAAAAAAAAAAAUGGAGAAAGAAAAACGUCGUCCGCCACCGAUGUCUCUCAGUGAAAACUUCAGGUUUUUCGAAAAAAGUCUCGGUUUCGAGAACGAUAUUAAAUGGACCAAUUCUAUUCUCAUAGUGCUGUACCAUGUAGUGGGAGUGUACUGGUGCUACCACUACGCGCUGCCUUGCAAAUGGCAAACUGUAGUAUUCGCGGCGUUCAUGUACGUGAUGAGCGGGUUCGGCGUGACGGGAGGCGCGCACCGCCUGUGGACGCACAAGGCGUACAAGGCCAACCUGCCGCUCAAGAUAUUCCUGCUCACCUGCUUCUCUUCUGCUGGACAGAACACGCUGACCCAAUGGGUGCGCGACCACCGCCUGCACCACAAGUACUCGGACACGGCGGCCGACCCGCACGACGCCACCCGCGGCCUGUUCUUCUCCCACAUCGGCUGGCUCAUGAUGAGGAAGAACGACCAGGUGCUCAGCAAGGGCAAGGAGAUUGAUAUGAGCGACGUGCUGGCGGAUCCCUUGGUGCGGCUGCAUGAGCGCUACUUCACCCCGCUAAAGCUGCUGCUCUGCUACAUCCUGCCCACGCUGGCGGGCGUGGCGCUGUGGGGCGAGGGCUGGCGCGCCGCCGUUGCCUGGCAGUGCUUCAUCAGAUACAUCGGAGUCUUCCACAGCGAGCUCACCGUCAACAGCCUCGCGCAUGCGUUCGGGUACAAGCCGUAUAAUAAGAACCUGCGACCAGCUGAGAACCGGUUCGUAGCGACGUGCACGCUCGGCGAGGGCUGGCACAACUACCACCACGCGUUUCCCUUCGACUACAAGGCGGCGGAACACUACGACAUCCUCAACGUGGCCACAUGGCUCAUCAAGUUCUUCGCCUACAUCGGCUGGGCAACGGACCUCAAAGAGGCGACGCCGCAAAUGAUCAACUCUAUAGCGAAAAGGUUGGGCGAUGGAACGCCUGUGCAUUUUCCGUUAGAUAGUGGCGUUCAAGUGAGUGCUAGGGCGAGUGGAUAGGCUCGUUUGUUUAGAACGUGAUUUAGUUAUUUAAUAAUAAUGUGAUUGUUU